GCUUUAACAAAAUGGGUUCCGCGAUUUUUCCCAAUUUCUUUUUAUUCAACUGAAAUGUAAAAUUUUGAAGAGAAAUAGAAGGUCGCGUCACGUGUUCGCGUCUGCAAAUUCGUCGAAUUUAAUUUUAGUGAACAUUGAGAAGGUCAAAUUUCAGGAUUUGUCAUGAAAAUUGGGAAUUUUCUUAUCGUGGCAGGACUUGUUUUGGGGAGUGUUCUCGCAGACCAGCAAGGCAAUAAUUCGGACAAAAUCUCCAGAUUUAUUUAUGAUAGAUGUCGAAUUUACAGCACAGACGCUUCGGCUUAUGACGACAUUAAAACCCAUUUGGGCCAAUUUGGCGAUUAUCUAACAUACGCUGCGAGUUUAUUGCCCAAUGGUAAAGAACAAUUCUGUAACGAUGAACGCCCCAAACUUGCCCAUCUAGCCACCCAAUUGGCCCAUGACGUAAAACCAUGUUUGCCAAAAGACGAAAAAUAUUUACCCAAAUUCAUGGUUGAGAGUUUUACCUCAUUCCUCGACUUUGUUUGUUCCCAAAGAACCAUUGAAAAUUUCUUUAGUACCCAAGGUGCAGAUUGUCGCCAAAAUUUGAAACUCAAUCAAGAGGGGCAACAAGUGGGCAAUUGCUUUACUAAAUUAUUCGCACGCUUUGACGGCAAGGUCCGGAAAGACGACCUGUGCCUUGACUUAAAAGCGUCCAAGAAGUGUUUCAGUGAAGCCAUAGCACGUAGUUGUCCCGAUUUUGCGGCAUUUGAGUCGUUAAAUAACCGAUUUUUCCACGCAAUUCGCAAACCCUGUAAUUCUGCUAUUACCACUGGUUUCAACAGCGUUGUACUCCUCGUAGCAGCACUUAUUUCAACCAAAUUAUUCUCAUAGUGAUUAUGUAAUCUUUGCAGUGUUACUUCUACGUAUUAUACAUGUUAUUUUUGUUAUAAUUGUACGAUAAAUAAAUAAAUAAAUUGAAAAUU